UUCGUUCUUGUUUGAGUGCAAUGUUAUGUCACAAACAACACAAGUCUUUGUGCAGUGAGAGACCUGCAAUGUCAGUCAACUCCACUCCAAAACACUUUACCUUACCAUGCUUCUUCUCACUCUCUUUCCAUCAACCUUCCUUCAACUCCAAACAUAUCCUAGAUAUUCUCUUGCACACAUUUCCCAACAUUCUCUUCUUCCUCUAUCCUCCAUGUUCUUGUUCUCUCCACCCUGAAUCCAAAUCAAAUAAAAUACUCACCAAAACACCCCAAUUAGAUAGUGCAUGUAUAUUAUAAAAGUGAAGGAUAUAUAAGCACAGUUCAAAACUGAAUAACAGACACUGCUAAGAACAUGGGCAGGUAUGAGUACACCCCCACUUGUUUUCUUAGUAUUAUGUUCUUCUUUUGUUUCUGUCCUAUGGUGUUGUCCCUGCUGUCACAAAACCAAACGGAAACCAUGUCCAAUCUCUCCAAAAGUCUUGCUUUUCCUGUUACAUGGAGUGACUCAAACCCAUGUGCAUGGAAGGGAGUGACUUGUGACAAUACCGAUUCCUCCGUAGUAGGGGUUUCUCUAUCUGGGUUUUCACUCUCUUCUUCUGACUUUCUUCCUGUUGUUUGCAAAAUUGAAACUUUGGAGCAUCUUGAUGUCUCUAACAACCGUCUGAGCUCAAUCCCAGAUGGUUUCAUCACUGAGUGUGGGAAGAUUAAGGGGUUGAAGCUGUUGAAUUUCAGUAAAAACCAUUUAGAAGGUGUUUUACCUACUUUUAGUGGUUUUGAUGGAUUGGAAACCCUUGACAUGUCUUUCAAUCACUUGACAGGGAGGGUUGGUUUAGAGUUAGAUGGGUUGGUUAGCCUCAAAAGUUUGAAUCUUAGUUUCAAUAAGUUCAUGGGGUCUCUUCCUACCAAACUGGGAAAGUCCAUGGUUUUGGAGUGGCUUGUGCUUUCUAACAAUCACUUUAAUGGAGAAAUCCCUGAUGAAUUGUUUAGUUAUGAAAAUUUGACUGGGAUUGAUUUUAAGGAAAAUGAACUUUCCCAGUCUAUUCCUACCAAUAUUGGAAGGCUUUCUAAAUUGGAAACUUUGAUCCUUUCCUCUAAUAAACUCGUUGGAGAAAUUCCAACUUCACUUUUGAACCUCACCAAACUUUCAAGAUUUGCAGCAAAUCUGAACACUUUCACAGGUUCUGUACCUCCUGGGAUUACAAAAUAUCUCACAAAUUUGGAUCUCAGUUUUAAUAAAUUGUCUGGGCCCAUUCCAGAAGACCUUUUAUCUCCAUCACAGUUGCUGGUUGUAGAUUUGUCCAAUAAUCAUUUAAGGGGGUCAUUACCUACAAAAGUUUCUCCAAGCUUGUUCAGGUUGAGGUUUGGGGGCAAUCAUCUGAGUGGAAAUAUUCCUUCAGAUGGUUUUGCAACUGUUGAAAAUUUGACAUACUUGGAGCUGGAUGACAAUGAGUUCAUCGGAUCAAUACCGGCUGGUUUGGGUUCUUGCAGGAAUUUGGCAUUGCUGAAUUUAGCUCAGAAUGACUUGAGUGGUGCAUUGCCUCCACAGCUUGGUAAUCUUAGCAAUCUUCAAGUCUUGAAGCUUCAAUUAAACAACCUUAGUGGUACAAUCCCAUAUCAAUUUGGCCAACUUCUUAAGUUGUCAACGCUGAAUUUGAGCUCGAAUUCUCUGGGUGGAUCAAUUCCAUCUGAGAUAACAAGUUUGAGCAGUCUUACUAUGUUGCACUUGCAAAGCAACAAUCUGAAUGGUUCCAUACCGACAUUCAUUAGCAACCUAAAAUCUCUUUUAGAGCUUCAACUUGGGCAAAACCAGCUAAGUGGUGAGAUUCCAAGCAUGCCAGUCAGUCUGCAGGUUUCACUGAAUCUUAGUAGCAACCACUUUAGUGGUCCUAUUCCUGACCGUUUUCAUACUUUGUUUAGUCUGGAAGUCUUGGAUCUCUCAAAUAACAAUUUUACUGGUCCAGUCCCCGAUUAUCUAACAGAAUUGUCAGCUUUGACACUGUUGUUACUUUCUAACAAUCAGCUGUCUGGUGAAAUUCCAAAUUUUAGUCAACACGUGCAUGUUGAAUAUGAUGGAACUUAUCUGAAAAAUACUUCUGCCCAGGACAACCCAUUACUCAACACUUCCACUAAGAAGGGAAUAUCUGUUGCUGUUGCAAUUCUCAUUGCAAUUGUAGCAGCUAUUUUUCUUGUUGGCCUAGUCACCCUGCUGGUUGUGUCCGUGUCACGACACUAUUACAGGGUUAAUGACGAGCAUUUACAGUCAGCAGAAGAUCAUCAGCAUCCUCAGGUAGUCCAAAGUAAUGUAUUAACUCCUAAUGGAAUACACAGGUCAAGCAUUGACUUCUCCAAAGCAAUGGAAGCUGUUGCUAAAUCAUCAAAUGUUACUCUGAAAACAAGAUUUUCAACUUAUUACAAGGCCGUCAUGCCAUCGGGAUCAAUCUAUUUUGUCAAGAAACUGAACUGGUCUGACAAGGUAUUGCCGAUUGGAAGUCAUGAUAAAUUUGGGAAAGAGCUAGAAGUCUUGGCAAAAUUGAACAAUUCAAAUGUUAUGACUCCUUUGGCUUAUGUUCUGUCCACUGAUUCUGCUUAUAUACUAUAUGAGUAUAUCUCAAAUGGUUCCCUUUUUGAUGUUCUUCAUGGAAGCAUGGAUUCCUCUUUAGAUUGGGCUAGUAGAUACAGUAUAGCAGUUGGGGUUGCUCAAGGACUCUCUUUUCUUCACGGAUUCGCCUCUAGUCCAAUACUACUUCUUGAUCUAUCAAGUAAAAGUAUUAUGCUGAAGUCCCUCAAGGAGCCUCUAGUUGGGGAUAUUGAACACUACAAGGUGAUUGAUCCCUCAAAGAGUACAGGGAAUUUUUCUGCAGUUGCUGGUUCAGUUGGUUAUAUUCCUCCUGAGUAUGCAUACACAAUGACUGUCACAAUGGCUGGGAAUGUCUACAGCUACGGUGUCAUUCUGCUUGAACUUCUGACAGGAAAACCUGCAGUGACUGAAGGAACGGAAUUGGUCAAGUGGGUUUUGCGUUAUUCGGCAAACCAUGAUUACAUUCUUGAUUUUAAUGUCAGUAGAACAUCACAAGCAGUCAGAAACCAGAUGCUUGCAAUUCUCAAUAUUGCUCUUCUUUGUGUUAAUACAUCCCCAGAAACAAGACCAAAGAUGAAGAGUGUGCUACGCAUGCUCCUAAAUGCUAGAUGAACUCAGAUUAUUAUUCAGGGUUGGAAUAAAUAUUUAAGAGAUUUUUGUUUAACUCUAGAAAAUAUGGAAGGUAGAAUAUAUGAUAGGAUAGGGUUUGCUCAAUACUUCUAUGGUUUGUCAACAUUGUACAGUAACUCAGUUUACUAGUAGACAUAUAGCUCAUACGUAUAAUAAUGGAUGUCUUAUUUUUGUGUGUGCAACUUUGCAUAGUGGACUUUGUUGCUCAAGGUUUAAUAUUUCCAUUUUAACUUACUCUAGAAGAAUGGAUUCAUCAAACUCA